AUGUCAGACGGAGAGACGGUGAGUGAGGCAGCAGGAGGAAUGGAGGCGCGAGUAGAGCAGUUAGCGGCGAAGCUGGCGCAGCAGGAGGAGGCCAUGGCUGCUCUCAAGAGCAAAGUUGACGAACUGCGACGCGCGGUGGCGCAGGUCGCAGACGCGAAGGGCGCUGAAGCGAAUGUUCUAGAGGCGAAGGGCGCAAACGCAAUGGGCGCAGAAGCAGAGGGCGCAGAGGCAAUGCGCACAGAAGCGACGGGCGCAGCGAAGGGCGCAGCGGCGAAAGGGGCGUUGGAGACGGGCAGCCACGGGGAGACGGCAAAAGGCAAGCAGAUAGGAGAUGAGCUCCCGGCGGAGCCCUGCUAUCAGAAAGAUUUUACUCCCGUGCUUGAGAACCUUAUGACGGGAGACUUCAUAAAGAUAUUAAGAAGCGAGCUUGCGUCUACGGCGGAGGGUUUGAAGCUGCAGGCGGAGACAGUGCGGAGCGAGGCGGCCGGCGCGGCGAGCGCGCUGAAGGCGGAGAUUGCGCUGAUGAAGGCUGCGGCGGAGCGCCAGGCGGCGGAGGUGGCGUACGUGCGCACGACGGCCGCGCACGCUGAGGCGCGGAUGAACGACGUGGAGCUGGCGGUGGCGGAGGGGAAGGGCGCACGGGAGAAGGUACGCGCGGAGCGCAGCCAAGCCGGGGGAAGCGCGGGGGGACACGGAGGAGCGGAGACGCCCGAGGGGAAGAGGCGGAAGCUGGAGGAGACGGGGAAGGCGGAGGAGAUGGAGCAUGCUGCUGCGGGCGGUGGCGCACUCAUUGCCAAUCGCGGUGCUUCCGAUGGGAAGCAGGCUGAGGCGGAAUGGAAGGCGGGCUUGUUGGGACUGAGGACUCGGGUGGAGGGUCUGCAGGACAGAUUGGGUACGGUGGAGAGCAGGAGUGCCGACCGAGGGAUUCUAUGGGAGGCAUUAUACCUGCUACCAUGGCUGCUCCUGCUACCACGGCUAAGGUUCCUGGACAAGAAGCGGUGCACACCUGUUUGA